AUGGCGACUAAGAAGCAGUCGCAAUCGGGCCUGCUCUCGUCGCUAUUAAAACCAGAUGUUGCUGAGGAUCAGGAUGCGUUCAAGGACGUGCUGUACUGGAUGCGCCAGGUGCUCGCGGUGCUCUUUGGCGUGGUGUGGGGCAUCGCACCCAUCACAGGCGGCAUUGGGAUUAUCGGCUUCCUGGUGUUGAGCACGGCGGUGAUGAUGGGGUACUACACGCUCGUGGUGAAGGUGGACGCGGAGGAGCUGGGCGGCCAUGGGACACUGCUGCAGGAAGGCCUCCUCAACUCCUUUGGCGUCUUCCUGCUUGUUUGGAUACUGCUCUUCACAUAUCUGCAUUCCUCAUGA